GCAGUUCAGGCUUUUUUCGCUUCAAUCCCCUUGUCGCUUCUUCUUGUGCUUCCUACGGUUCUUACUGUUGCUAUUCCAUGAAAUGGGAUCAAUAUGCUGCUGGCCUUGAUCACUUUGGCACAAAAGAUUCCGUUUUUUCUGUUCAUCUUCAAGCUUGAAUUAAUUCUUACUGCAAUUGAAAUGAUGGGUCACUCAUGUGUGCUGGAAUAAUGAUGGGGUUAUCGUUUUCCAGUUUUAUCUGCGAUUUCUGGGUUAUCAUGGUUUGGAUGAAAGGAUGAGCGGGACAUCUGUCCUUACCCAAACCCAUCUCUUAUCACCGCCGAAGAAUCCACCCCAAAACGUUGAAUUCAGAUUCAGGCACAACGAGCAGAAAUGCUUGUCUCUGCUGAAAAAAUGCAACAGCAUGGAAGAAUUUAAGCAAGUUCAUGCCCAAAUCCUCAAGUUGGGCUUGUUCUGGGAUUCUUUCUGUGCGAGCAAUCUUUUAGCUACAUGUGCCCUAACCAAUUGGGGAAGUCUGGAGUAUGCUUGCUCAAUCUUUCGUCAAAUCGAGGAGCCUGGUAGUUUUGAAUUCAACACCAUGAUCAGAGGCUACGUCAAGAAUAUAAAUUUAGAAGAAGCUUUGCUUCUUUAUGAAGAGAUGCUUGAAAAAGGAGUUGAGCCUGACAACUUCACUCACCCACCUCUUCUCAAGGCAUGUUCUCUUCUAGGAGCUCUCCAAGAGGGAAAGCAAAUUCAUGGAUUUGCCCUUAAGGUGGGUCUUGAAGAUGAUAUAUUUGUACAGAACAGUUUGAUCAGCAUGUAUGCAAAAUGUAAGCAAAUAGAUCAUGCUCGUGCUGUGUUUGAGAAAAUGGAUGAGAAGAGCAUAGCUUCAUGGAGUGCUAUAAUUGGAGCUCAUGCAAGUGUUGAAAUGUGGCAGGAGUGCCUGGUUUUGUUUAGUGAUAUGAGCAAUGAUGGAUGCUGGAGGGCUGAAGAGAGCACAUUAGUCAGUGUGCUCUCUGCUUGUACCCAUUUGGGUGCUCUUGAUCUUGGAAGGUGCAUUCAUGCAGUUCUGCUAAGAAACAUCAGUGAGCUCAAUGUCAUUGUUCAGACUUCAUUGAUUGACAUGUAUGCCAAGUGCGGAUGCCUCGAGAAAGCGCUUUGUCUGUUCCAAAACAUGGCCGAGAAGAAUCGAUUCUCUUACACUGCGAUGAUAUCUGGGCUUGCCAUGCAUGGACAUGGCAGGGAAGCUCUGAGAGUUUUCUGGGAAAUGCAGGAACAAGGUUUGGCACCAGAUGAUGUUGUCUAUGUGGGCGUGUUAAGUGCUUGCAGCCAUGCUGGUCUGGUCAAUGAAGGUCUACAGUGUUUCAAUCUCAUGCAAUCUGCGCAUGGUAUUGAACCAACAGUUCAGCAUUAUAGCUGCAUGGUGGAUCUCAUGGGGCGAGCUGGGAUGCUGAAGGAAGCCUAUGAACUCAUAAAGAGCAUGCCGGUAACACCAAAUGAUGUGGUGUGGAGGAGUCUUCUUAGUGCUUGUAAAGUUCAUCUUGAUCUAGAACUAGGUGAGAUUGCUGCUCAGAAUCUUUUCCAGAUGAACUCUAGAAAUCCCAGUGACCAUUUGGUGCUGUCAAAUAUGUAUGCACAAGUUAAAAGGUGGGAUGACGUGGCAAGGAUCAGAAAAGAAAUGGCUGAAAAGGGCUUGAUUCAAACGCCUGGGUUUAGCUUGGUUGAAGCAAAGAGAGAGGUCCACAAGUUUGUCUCACAGGACAAGUCUCGGGCACAAUGUGAAAGAAUCUAUGACAUGAUUCACCAAAUGGAAUGGCAGUUGAAAUUCGAAGGCUAUACGCCAGAUACAUCGCAGGUGUUGCUUGAUGUAGAUGAAGAGGAAAAGAGGGAAAGACUGAAAUAUCAUAGUCAGAAGCUAGCAACUGCAUUUGCACUAAUUCAUACAUCUAAAGGAUCUCCCAUAAGAAUAUCAAGAAACCUCAGGAUGUGCAAGGACUGUCAUACCUACACCAAAUACAUUUCGAUGAUUUAUGAGCGAGAAAUCAUUGUAAGAGACCGCCAUAGGUUCCACCAUUUUUAUAGAGACUAUUGGUAAAUCUCUUUAUAUUCACAUUCGAGGGGCUGUGAUUCAUGGGGAGGUCAAACAGAAGAGUAAGAAGAAAAUAAGGUCGGAACAUAGUUUUGACCAUAGCCAUUCAACACAAUUCUAUUUCAAGUUUCUGAAGUGGUUUGCACAUCAGAACAUUCAAAGAUCUUGGGCGACGAAUUGGAGCAUUCAACACAGAACUUGUAAGAAGAGCAGAGACAAUUAAAUGAAGGGUUCCUUUUCACAUUGUACAUUUUUCAAGAAUACAACGGAUAUCAAUCUUAUUA